CUGAGGAAUUGGGAUGGAUCCGAAGAAGCCGCGGGACUCGGCGGAGUCGGAGUCGGCCCGUGGGGCGGCGCAGUUCCCGGACGAGGUGCUGGAGCGGGUGCUCUCGCUCCUGGCCUCGCACAAGGACAGGAGCGCCGUGUCCCUCGUGUCCAAGGCCUGGUACCACGCCGAGCGGUGGUCCAGGAGGCGGGUCUUCAUCGGGAACUGCUACUCCGUGACGCCCGAGAUCGUGGCCCGCCGGUUCCCGAACAUCCGCAGCGUCACGCUCAAGGGGAAGCCCAGGUUCUCCGACUUCAACCUGGUGCCGCAGAACUGGGGGGCCGACAUCCGGUCCUGGCUCGCCGUGUUCGCGGAUCGGUACCCGUUCCUCGAGGAGCUGAGGCUCAAGAGGAUGACCGUGACGGACGAGAGCUUGAAGUUUCUAGCUCUGAAAUUUCAAAACUUCAGGGCUCUCUCGCUGUUGAGCUGUGAUGGGUUCAGUACCAAUGGUCUUGCGGCCAUCGCGACUCGCUGCAGGAAUUUGACUGAGCUGGAUAUACAGGAGAAUGGCAUUGAUGAUAUUAGCGGUGACUGGUUGAGUUGCUUCCCUGAAAACUUCACAUCUUUGGAAGUGCUGAACUUUGCAAGCCUAAGUAGUGAUGUCGAGUUUGAUGCUCUUGAGCGGCUUGUAAGUCGGUGCAAUUCACUGAAGGUUCUUAAGGUUAAUAGAACUAUCACACUAGAUCAAUUGCAGAGGCUGCUUGUACGUGCUCCUCGGUUAACCGAGCUUGGUACUGGCUCGUUUUUGCAAGAGCUUAAUGCUCACCAGUACUCAGAGCUUGAACGGGCUUUUGGUGGUUGCAAGAAUCUACACACGCUCUCGGGCUUAUGUGAAGCUAUGGCAUUGUAUCUCCCAGUUCUAUACCCGGCUUGUGCAAAUUUGACUUUCCUGAAUUUAAACGAUGCUGCUUUGCAACAUGAAGAACUUGCCAAGCUUCUUCUUCACUGUCCGUGUCUUCAGCGCCUCUGGGUACUUGACACUGUGGGAGACGACGGGCUGGAAGCUGUUGCACUGAAUUGUCCAUGGCUAGAGGAGCUUCGGGUCUUCCCAGCCAACCCUUUCGACGAGGAAGUUAAUCAUGGUGUUUCCGAAUCGGGGUUUCUUGCCGUGUCUUAUGGAUGCCGGAGACUCCACUAUGUACUCUACUUCUGCCGUCAGAUGACAAAUGCAGCUGUAGCCACAAUUGUACAGAACUGCCCUGAUUUUACCCACUUUCGUCUUUGCAUAAUGAACCCAGGGCAACCUGAUUAUGUAACAAAUGAACCUAUGGACGAGGCUUUUGGUGCAGUUGUGAAGACUUGUACUAAACUCCAGAGGCUCGCUGUUUCAGGUCUCCUAACUGACCUGACAUUUGAGUAUAUCGGUAGAUAUGCUAAGAAUCUGGAAACGCUUUCUGUAGCUUUUGCUGGAAGUAGCGACUGGGCGAUGCAGUGUGUACUGGGGGGUUGUCCAAAGUUGAGAAAACUUGAAAUCAGGGAUUGUCCAUUUGGUAAUGCAGCUCUUCUCUCGGGAUUGGAGAAGUAUGAGUCUAUGAGGUCUUUGUGGAUGUCGGCCUGCAAAGUGACAAUGAAUGGGUGUGAGGUACUGGCUAGGGAGAGGCCUAGAUUGAAUGUUGAAGUAAUGAAGGAUGAGGAGAGCAGUGAUGGUCAGCAAUAUAAAGUUUAUGUUUACCGCACUGUUGCUGGACCAAGGAGAGAUGCCCCACCUUUUGUUCUUACUCUCUGAAGUGACUAUUUCAAGGCAUUUUGUUGCUAUGUGAAUUUGUCUGAUUGAAGUGGAGAGCGCUGGUGCAGAGAGUCUGAGGGUGCGGAAUUCACACAAGACUCGAACAUUCUGUUCCCUUUGUUUCUGCAGAUCAGCUAAUUCCAGAUUGUGAGGGCAAACAAAAUGGAUCAUCUGGCGGGAAAUACAAAGUGAAGUGUCUGCCUCCAUUUGCUUGAAGGUGCUGGAAAGCGUAUGAUGCAUUUGGUGAGACGGAGUUCAAAAGAAACACCAGAGAUCUGCCAAAUGUCCCGGAGCAUCAGCCGACAGCUCGGGGACUUGAACCCAUGAAAUUUUCACCCUGCAAGAAGAACAUCAAUGUCUGUAACAUUGCUCAUCAAUUGCAAGACAUCAUCAACAGCUAUGAGAAAAGAUGAGGAUGAUUUUCCUGAUGUUUUGACACCUCUUUCCCCGGUGACUUCCAUCCACAGCAAUUGCAAAGAAUCCUUGUUGGAUCUCUUGCUUGCAAUAUGCGAUCGCGAAGUUAUUCUCAAACUCGAGUGAAGAUCGCUAUUGGAGCAGUUGUUGUCGAAUAUUGGAGAACAAGGGUCGGGCUCUGAGCUGCCGGUGGUGUCGAUAUAUACGUUUCUUCUGAAUUGUCUAUUGCGAUUGCCGGAUUCCACAUCUGUCAACUGUACUUUUUUGCUAAAUUGUUAACUAGAUUGUUCGACAUUUUCAACCGGAAGCGUCCACAAGCGCCUCCGGCAAGCAUUCGUCUGUCAAUUUUGAUUUUUUGUUUUGAGAAAAGUAUCAAAUAAAAGCUUCAAUUUUCAUGUA